CGGUAAAGACAACGUUCCCCAACUAGGGCCAAUGCGGCAUCCUUUAACGCUAUAGUAAGAAGGUAUCAACACAAAGGAUGCCCCAUGGAUGCCGGCAUACACCUGCAAUUAAAGUGCGGCUCACGAAUGAUCUCAUUUACAAUCCCUGCGUCCUAUAUCUUCUCAAAAGUGCUUUCUCCGAUAUGUCUCGGAUUAAUUGACUAAUUGUCCCACGAUGCACGGAAUUCUAGGCUACCACGAUAGUCAUUGUGUCAACUUAUUUACCUUGUAUAUAAACAUCUAUCGAUGCCGUAUUAGCAACGUCUCACUCUGCUUAAACUAAAGAAAACGGAACUCGGAUCACGUUGCCCAUCAUGGUUAACAUAACUGCACCCCUUCGUAUCGGCUACGUGCUGUUCCCGGCCUUCACAUCUAUAGACGUCUUCGGACCUUUGGGUGUGCUAAAUCUGGUCUCCAUGAACUAUAACUUGACGCUAUCGCUGCUAUCGACGGACCUGGAGCCGAUCAGCGUGGAUCGUACCAUCAUAGGCGGCGUGGGCAGCGGCAUGGGCGCUGUGUCGGCGUCGCCCAACUUCACCGAGUUCGUUCUCCCAACGCACACUUUCGACAACCCGCCGGAUCUCGACGUGCUCUUCGUUCCGGGAGGGUUCGGCACCCGCAACAUUAACGGAACGCAGCCCCACGUCGAUUGGAUCCGCAGCCGCAUCGAGCAGGAGCCUAAGCUCGACUACUUGAUGAGCGUGUGCACUGGCGCCUCGCUUUUGGCGCGUACCGGCAAGCUCGAGGGAAAGAAUGCCACUACGAACAAGGCUGCCUUUAACUGGGUCAAAUCGGUCGAACACGCGGACAAGGUCAACUGGAUCGCCAAAGCCCGGUGGGUCGUCGAUGGGGAUAUCUGGACCAGCUCGGGAGUCAGCGCCGGCACGGAUAUGACCCUGAAUUGGGUUGAGCAUCUGUACGGGAGGAGCGAAAGCGAGAGGGUGCGAAAUCUCAUGGAGUGGAAUCCGAUGAACCAGACCGAUGACCCGUUUGCCGAGUACUACGGACUGGUGUAAGUCACCAGAGGUUGAAGAUUCGCGGUUCGUGUUUCGCGUUUCUUAGCUCUGAACUGCGUCAAUUAUACCCCUUAAAUGGCACCAUACGCGUACUUAUAAUCAUUGCUUUACUUCGUUAGGCGAACAUAGCCAUCGAUGGGUUUGCCUAGUAGAAUAGGGCAGUGAAGGUUGCCAAAAGGGGGUGAGAGUAGAUUUAGUAGUGACGAUGAGAUAGAAUGAUCAAAUCAACUUUAACCGCCAGUUUUUGAGUUUCAACUAGUUACGGGCUACGGUGACAUGUUGGAGUGAAGCGGCUAUAGCUCAUUAUACUUGCCAAGUGUGGUUGAUUAUUG